UUCCUCCCGAACUCGGAUACGAAUGAGGAAAUGCAAACUCGAUUCAGGACAAAAAAGUCCAAAUGAACGCGCCUCCCUCGGUUUCCACUAAUUACCACAGCCAAAGUCAAAAAUGACAGUAUCGUAAAAAUGAAUGAAAACAACAAAUAGCUUUUUGAUCUUAAUUGAAGGUUAUGUUUAAAAUCACAUUGUGAGAGAAUUGAAGAAAUAGGCGGGGUUUGUGGCUGUAGUGACCACCAUAUCCCUCCCUCCACAGACACAGUCCUCCUUGGUCGUAGGUGCCAGCGUCCAAACUAGGCUGCCUCAAGCCGAAAACAUCGCCACACAGCCGGGCAGUAGUAGUUUUGAGCAUGGCUAAUUCAACUGGGAUCAGUGUUGUACCACCGGGUGAGACAGCGGGGGGAGGCAGCAGUGCAGGAGACGACCAUGUGAACCCAGAGUACAUAGCCUUCGUCCUGGUGCCGGUCUUCUUCCUCCUGGGUCUCCUGGGGGUCUUGGUGUGUCACGUCCUGAAGAGCAAGGGUUACCGCUGCACCACCGAGGCUGAGGAAGAGGAGGAGGCGGCCCGGGUAGCAGAGGCGGAAAAGAAGGAUCUGGAGAUGUGUACAGAGCUGAACGACACCUACAGCGAGAGCAACGACGACACCGUGGGACAGAUCGUUCAUUACAUCAUGAAGAAUGAAGCGAACUCCGAUGCCCUCCAAGCCAUGGUUCCCGAAAACAGCAUAGACUCAGAAGGCCCACCGCUGACUCCCACCUCCCCCACCCUCCCAGUGACCCCCGUCUCGCCUCGCGUCCCGGCCGGACUUGCCAGACACACCUGCAACCACCUGCACACCAUCGGCGGCAUGGGGGGCCUCAGCAGCGUCUGCAACCGCUGCAAUCACAAAAAGUGGCCCCUGAUGAGGCGCGUGUCCACCAGGAGGAUAGCAGACAGGAGGAGCCACGGAGAGGUCACGGUGUUGGCUGUGGGGAGGUUCCGGGUUACAAAGUGUGACAAGGAGAGGCCCGUCAGAGACAGGAGGACCAUGCUCAGCACUGACUCCAACGGGAGUAUGCCCGCGUCGCCCACGGAGAAGGAACCCUUGGAGAGCAGGACCAUCUCUGAGUCACAUCAGGAUCAGAAGGAAGGCGGGGCUGAUCCAAAGUGACAGGAACUAAGACCAGCGCAUGGCUUCCUGAAGAGAGCCAAGGGGGGAAAUAUGAUCAUUUGCAACACUUUUUAAACCCAGAAUCGGACCGUAGACAAGCAUCGGCGCGCGAAGAGCAGCAGAGGCGAUCCAGGGUUAGAUCCCUCCCCGUCCCGUCUCCUUUGAUGGUCAGACGAGAGAAGACAACGGUGUUGAUGGUGAAUUAGAGGAUGAAGAUGAGACCAGUUACUCUCUCUCUCUCUCUAUCAAACUUGGCCCUCUGUCUCGGGCAGGGUAGCGGAAAGGGUGUCUAGUAUGACGUGUUAGAAAGAGCCAUUGUGCCGUUCAUCAGACAGUGAGUCACUGGUAGUGUCCCCCCCCUCCCCCCCACACCCUCUCGUCACCAAAGAUGUGGAAACCACCACCAAGCGUUAAUGAUUGAUAUAUUUUUUUUUCUUCCCGAUUCUGCUGCCAAGGAGGAAAACCACAAACGCUCACCUGACCAGGAAGGUGAGAUUGCAUUGGGGGUUGUGUGAGCCAAGAGCCAAUAAACUGUGCACUGUGUUGGCGCCAAAUACACAUCUACUAAAGGUACAAUCUCUGCCUUGCCUUCACGUCCACUUCUGACCCCCUGGGCAAAGACGGGUCGAAUCCAAGUUGUUUCCACCUCAUUUAAACCCCCAGAAUCUAUCAUGACGUUGAAUCAACGUGAAAAACUAGUUAGAUUUGCAAAAAGUCAUCAACGUAAGGGAAUUUUAUAAAAAAAAAAAAUUUAAAAAAUCACCCGACUUUGAACCUAAAUCCAGUGACAUAGUGAUUUAUUUGUAUUUUUUUACGUUAGUUGACAACUCAACCAAUAAUAAAUCAAAACUAGAUGUUGAACUGACCGCUUCCAAUUGGCUCACUUCCUCCCCUCCCCUGUAACUAUUCCCCAGGUCGUUGUUGUAAAUGAGGUGUUCUCAGGACGAUCUAGCCCCCCCCCCUUCUUCUAGAACUCCAAUGGAGUACAUUAACUAGGUUUAUAUGGUGAGGAGAAAUUUCCUCAUCACUUUUUUUUUUUUUAAUGAAUGAAUCUUUUGGUUGUCACGGUGACGUAUGGAACCUCUUCUGAUUCCACCCCAAUGAAACUACCUAUUUUGAUUGGUCAUUGACUCGUCUCUUUGCCAAUAUCACGUAUGGUUGCUAUUCAAAGGAGCUGAACAAAUCCAUUUUAAACUUCAGUAGGAGGCCUUUAAAAUGAUCGAUGCACAGACAGUCUUCGUCGGAAACAGCUAGAAGCAGCUGUCUUGUGUGUCUCACUGAGUUUGAGUACGGUGGGGAUGUACACUUUGUGUGAGAGAAUUUUUUUUCGUGUGUGUGUAUUUUUCAACGUGAAUCAUGAGGUCAAAUGUCUUGUUUUCUAUGGUGAAUAACGUUGUUUUUCCAGGUCUUGGAUACAUGAACAUUAACUUUAGGAGAAAAUAAAACUAUUUUUAAAAAUCUAGAACAGGAGCUGAACCAAAAUUAUUAUACAAUGCAAAAAAAUAUAUAUAUUUCUCAGUGAGGAAAAAGUAAUGUCUUGUGUUAAAAUGUCAUUUAUACUGUAACAAUUAAUCUAUUGAUUCACAUUUGCCAUGAAUUGUAAACAAAUAUCAAAGUAUGUUAAAAUGAACAGUGUUUCAAAUGAACCCAUACCAAAGCCAAAACUAUUUUCUGGGCGGGAUGACUUUUUAAGCUUUCCAUUCGUCCAUGAGUAGGCCUACAUUGAGCAAACCUGAACAACGUACAACGAACGGUACUCCAAUCCAAAAUCUACCAUCAGACAUAAAACAAACGAAAAGGGUUUCAACCGUCUAAAAGUAUUCCCUGUGAACGUCUCCUCUCCUCGCAGAUGAAGGAAGAAGAGACCAAUCUACUUUAGGAUUUCGAGGCAUGUCGGACCUUUUUUGGCGAAUUUUAAAACUGGAAUGGCUUUCAUCUUAAGAGCUUUAAUAUCAAUAUAUUUAAAAAAAAAAAAAUGCUUUGAGGAUUUUUUUUUUUCAAAAAGCAUCUGUUUAUGUGAAAUAGGAAUGUUUUGAGUGUCUGGACCUAUUCAGUAUAAUUCAAUGUGUUUUGUUAUUUGCUCUCAUGUUUGCUUUGUAGACUGUAUUGUCUUAUCAAAACCUUUUAAACUGUCGUAUGAAAAUGUAUUUAAAAAAUAAAGCAAACUGACUGAAAAAAAACCGUUUAAUGUUUUUGCCAUUUUAUGUUGACAGU